UUUGUCACGUGAUCAUAACAGGAAGCGGAUUCGUGGUUGCUCGGUUGCUCGGAUCAGUGUGCUAACACGGCGUACGCUUUCUACAUGAAAAAGAAAAAUCAGUUGUGUUUCAUUAGUUCAGCAAUGGCUGUUAUCUUCCUCGUAAUGUUUGUGAUGUAUAGCACCUUAAAUUCGCACUACGUAGCAUCAGGACGUAAAAGGGACAUCAGCAUUGCGGGGAGAACCCUCUACAAGCUGGAUGUCUCCUGGCCAAAAUAUUCAGAGCAUUUCACUGGAGAGGUUUUCGGAGUGGCUGUGAACCAUCUGGCUGGCGUAGUGUACGUUGCACAGAGAGGUGAGAAUAUCCCCAAAGUGCUGGUGUUUAGUACAGAUGGAGACUUCCUGCACGCCUGGAACACCAGCACACUGGAGAUGCCUCAUGGCAUUUUCCUGGCCAACGCUUUGGGUGUCCCGUCCGUGUGGAUAACUGAUGUAGGGAAUGGGCCUUAUGGACACACUAUAAAGCAGUAUUCUCCCUCGGGGAAGCUGCUGCAGGUGCUGGGAACAGCAGGGAAAGCCGGCGCUAGUCUCACUCCACUACAGUUCGACCAGCCUGCUGAGAUUUUCAUCCACGACUCCACCAGAGAGGUGUACAUUGUGGAUGGAGAUGGAGGAAUGAACAACCGGCUCAUCAAACUGUCCCAAGACCUGCAGGUGGUGUGGAUGCAUGGUGAGAAAGGUGAGGGACUCUCGCAGUUCUAUAUCCCUCACAGUGUGGCUGUCGAUAACUUCCAGAGGGUGUGGGUUGCAGACCGAGGAAAUAAGCGGAUUCAGGUGUUUAACUCUGUGACAGGGGACUGGCUGGGCUCAUGGGGAAGCUGCUUCACAGACGAUGCACCCUACUCUGUGAGGCUCACCCCUGACCAGAAGUACCUGGUGGUCGUGCAGUUAAACACUAACCGUGUCACUCUGCUGGAGGCUCCACCUGUGGGAAUCAUUGGCCAGUGUAAAGUGGUGAGUUCCAUCCAGCUCGCUGAUGACAUUAAACCUCACCUGGUGGACUUGGAUCAGAAAACUGGAGCACUUUAUGUGGCAGAAAUCGGUGCUCAGCAGGCUCAGAAGUUUGUACCGAUCACAUUCAGUAAUGGUGUCCUUUAAAUCGGAGACUUCACCCGCUCAGAGUGAGCCGUUUUGACGGGAAACCAAGAUGAUUUAAACUUGGCAUCGUUUCGGUUAACUUUUAAUAAAGGUGGAAACCCUUAAAGCAUAUUUGGAUUAAAUAUGAUACCGUAAUAAUAUUUGUCAAAAAUAUUUUCCAGAUGCCAGGUGUAAGCUGAAAAAGUGCACUUUAUUUUAGUAUUCAAGGAUGAUCAGAAUACUUUGUUUGCAGUUGUAUGUAAUUCAAUAUGGCUGUGCAAGGGGAAGGUUUUUGCUGGAAGAAAAAAAAUCAUUUUUGACAUAAAAGUAUGUAUUUAAGUAUGAAUUCAGGCAUAUUAAUGUUCUGAACUGUAAGUGUAUAUACAGCAUCUUGCUUGGUGUUGAGUGUUUACAGGUGCUUUUGAAUGUGACUGUACUUGUACUGUAUUUGCCAUAUCUUUUUGCAUGAAGCCAUUCUGUAAUGUUUUACCUUGUGUUAUAACAAAUUAAUGUGCUUCUGCUGUAAUUCUUGUUUGCUCUCUGCAAGUGGGGUGAUGCCUUCUGUGUGAUUUGUAGAAUAAUAUGGCUUAACAUGCCACUAUAUAACUUGCUUUAAUCCAUCUUGAAAAUCACAGCCUGAGCUGUCUGUAAGGGACAUUAUCUACAUCAUCAUCAUCAUCAUCAUCAUUUUUUUUUUUUUUUUUUUUUUUUUUUUAAAAGAGUUAUUUAAAAUAUAUUGGUGGUACAUUUGUGUGGGUUUGUGAGCAAUAUUGCUUAAGGUUUAUGUACGACUGAAAAUUUACACCGAGUUACUGCCAUCAAAUGUUUAAAGUAUUCUGUAUUUUUAUUUGAAACUCUUAAUUAUUAAUUAACAACCUUUCACUAUAUUUCUGUUGGACAUUUUAUUUUUAUUGGACAUCUCCGAGUCAAAUACAUGUUUAGACAUUAUUCUUAUUACUAAUAUUAUUAUUGUUACUAAUUGUCAAUGAGCAGUGGACAUUGUUUUUGUUUUUUUUGUUUUGCACGUGCAAAUGUUGUGUACAUUUGAAAUGUGAAUCAAAUAAUUAAUCAAUGUAGCAAAAGAUAAUUGUGUUUCUCCACUCAGCGUCAAUGUGACUUGAGUUUAAAAAGGUAAAGGGGCAAACAUACCCAAAGUUCAUAAAGAAACUGUCAUUUGUAUUUUAUGGAAAAUAACUAUUGUGGUAUUAAAACAUUAUUUUGAAACCAAAGCUUUCUUUACAGCUGUAAAUGCCAAUAAUCAUCUGUCAAUACAAUGCUCAACUGAGACAUGUCCUA